AUGUUUCUUCGACGCAUCUACAAUGUAUUAAGGAUAUCAACUGGAUUAGAUGAUUUUGGCAGUAUGCAAUGGCAAUUGCUUGUUCCGCUGAUACUUAGUUGGAUAAUUAUAUUUCUCUGUAUAAUAAAAGGUGUCAAAUCCGUUGGAAAGGUCGUGUAUCUGACAGCUACAGCACCGUACAUCAUUAUUACAAUACUAUUAGUUAGAGCUGCUACCUUACCUGGUGCUAUAGAUGGUGUCAAAUUCUACAUAAUUCCGGAUUUUAGUAAAUUAGCUAAUCCUCAGAUGUGGGCACAGGCGUUGAUGCAAAUGUUUUAUUCUACUGGUAUGGGGUGGGGAGGAUUCAUCACAAUGGCUAGUUAUAAUAAAUUUGACAAUAAUAUUAUGAGAGACACCAUCAUUUUUUGUAUUGUUGGAGAAGGCACAAGUUUUUAUGCUGGUUUUGUGGUAUUUUCUGUGCUUGGCUUCAUGUCACACCAAACUGGUCUAGAAGUAGCUGAGAUUAUUCGUACAGGGCCCGGCCUAGCCUUCAUUGCUUACCCAGAAGCUCUUGGUCAGCUACCAAUACCUCAAUUAUGGGCGGUAUUAUUUUUCUUGAUGCUUGUUUUUGCUGCACUGGAUUCAAUGUUUGUGAAUGUUGAAGUAUGCAUAACCACAAUAUCAGAUUUGAUACCAAAAAAGACCCCGAAAAUACGCUUAUUGGUUACAGCAGUCACGUGUUUCCUGAUGUUCUUAGUUACCUUAAUAUAUACAACUCAAGCAGGAAUAUACAUAUAUCAACUGGUAGACUGGUAUUUGACCGCCGUGACUGUGUUUUUGGUGACAUUUCUGGAGGCUAUUAUUAUUGGAUGGAUAUACGGAGCUGAUCGGUAUUUUGAUGAUAUGGAAAUGAUGUUAGGGAAACGACCAUUGUUCCUGUUUAAGAUUCUUUGGAAAUUUGUAAACCCCGUUAUUUUAUCUGCAAUUCUUGUGUUUACUCUAAUUAAAUACCGACCACCAACUUAUGGAGACUAUGUGUAUCCACCAUUUGCUAGUGCUAUAGGAUGGAUUAUAGCUUUAAUAUCGGCUGUACCUAUACCUAUAUGGAUGAUCCGAGAAUUCAUUACUAGAAAGGGCCCAAUGUUACAGAGAAUAAAAUCAUCAUUUCAGCCUAAUGAAAAAUGGGGCCCUGCCAAAGAUUAUAAACUGGCAAUACAAUCUGAUUGUAGGGAACUACAGAGUAUGAAAUCUUGAAAUAUUACCAUAUUUAUUUACGUAUACAAGAGAUGUAAAAUUAGAAUUCAAAGGAUUAUAAACUGAUUAUACACUCAAAUUCUGAAGA